AUUCUGUGUAUGUGUUUAGGUUUAGUGUGUAAAACCCCAUAAUUUCUCUAAAAUAUACGAUUCAUAAGAGAUUUUGAGAGCAUAAAGAGUGUGUGUGUGUGUGUUCACUGUAAUUCACUGUAUAGUUAUUACUAUACAUUGUAUUUGAAACUUAUAUCAUAAUAUACUGUACAGUAUAUAUAAUUUGUAAGUCAUAAUCGGUUAAAGCUUUUUCGGCAAACAAUGCUAUCGGUGUCGGUCUCAGAACAGGUUAAGUUUAAGAGCAAAAAGUGCGGCACAGUAUCGGUAUUGCCGGUCACAGUUGAAUUUGGCAAAUUUUGUGGUCACGAAAGCCAAUCCAAUGGACGGCUAAAGCGCACACCUAAUAGCGGCGGCACAACUCGUGCGGACCGACAAAUCAAUUCAGAUAAUUUGACGGCACCGUCAGAGCUAUUACACGCUGUCGUAGCCCUAUAUCAUACAUAUUUACCCGGAUAUCCAUUGGAUCUCAUCUAUAAGACUCUGUGCCGGGACGGCUCCCGUACACUAUUGCUACUAAGGGACGGAACCGUUGUUGAUAAUAAUGCCGUCAAUAAAACAAGCGGACAAAACACAGGCGAUAGUGUCCAGUCUCCCGACGAAAACGAUGUUACAGACAGUGGAUUUGGCGGUAAGUCUGGCGACGACCCGAACGUCAUGUCUAUAAGCAGUCCGUCGUCGUCCUCGAGUCCGGACGAGUUGCCCAAUAAUGUUAGCGAUAGUCCAUUGAUGACCACCGCUAAUGACGAGACCAUUGAUAACGCAUCGGUAGUGUCUGGCGAUGGCUAUCAAAGCGACAAUUGGUCGGUGUCUUCGUUCAGACAGCACAGAUACCGUUCCAUAAAUGACAUCCUAAACGACUAUUUGGUGACCACUACACGGCCUAUAAGCACAACUGAUGGCUAUAUCAUAUGA